AUGGCCUCCUUGGUGGUGGCCCUCCAAAGGAGUGGGGAGAGGUUCCAGGAGUUUCCCCGUCUGAAGUUCAUCCUGGCGUUUGCAGGAAUCAAACUUCGGAUGAAGGACCUGGAGUACCUCUAUGGCUCGCUGCACGACGUGGAGUCCUGCCACAUUGUAGGAGAUCGUGAUCCAAUAAAGAAUAUGACGAACCAUCUCAUCGAAUCGUUUGACAACCCAAUCGUCAUCAAUCACACUCGAGGUCAUGUCGUGCCCCAGCUGGCGGGUCACGACCUGACUACCCUUCGAGACUUCUUGCAAGCGCAGCUGGCACAUCCCAAGCUCUGA